CACCCCUGCUCCUACACCAGCUUUUCUUAUCGCAUGGCUCUUGUUACUCUGCGCAUAUAUACGUGAGAGAAAGUCUGCCUGAAGCUGAGCGCAAAAACUGGAGAUGUACUGGUUCAAACAAGGUCUGUGCGCCCUGCCAGCGUUCCUGGUCGUCUGGUCCUCCGCCACUUUCAUUAUUUGUUAUAUCAUCGCGAUUUACAGGCACGACGUCGAUGUAAUCUUCCCAUACAUAAGCGACACAGGUGUCAGCCCCCCAGAGAGCUGCAUUUUUGGUCUGAUGACUUUUAUUUCUGCAUGUGCAGGUGUGGGCACAAUUUAUGCCAGAUACAAGCACGUGGAAUUGCUGAGGGAGGACGCCACUAAUGUGAGCGCACGCCUCAACAAAGCAGCGCUUUGGCUUGGUGUGAUCUCAUGUUUUGGCAUGUGCAUUGUUGCUACUUUCCAAGAAACAGUACUGCAAGUAGUCCAUGAUAUAGGAGCAGUGCUGUUUUUUGUCUGUGGCAUUGUGUACAUUAUCCUCCAGAGUUUUAUAUCAUUUCAAGCCUAUCCGUAUGGGUGCUCCAAGUAUGUGUUUUGUGUGCGGGUCGCUAUCGCCUCCCUUGCUGCUGUGGCAUUUGUACCCACUGUCAUCUGUGCAUAUUACGUGAAACAAACGGAGCUGCACAGACAAAAGCAUGACGAGGACUAUCCCUUCCAUGUAGCCAGUGCAGUAUGCGAGUGGAUUGUUGCCUUUACCUUUGUCUUCUUCUUCUUCACAUACAUUCAUGAUUUCAAGUUCUUUACCUUACGGGUGAAAGCAGAACUUGAGGAUUAGUCUCGGAACAUUUUGGGCCAGAAACAUUAAGAUAAAUAUCAGUAUUUACAUUUUAUGUAUGUAUCUCUAUUCCCGUCCAAUUUUCCCUGACUGAAAUUUUGGUAGAAUACAGUAGAUACUUAAAAAUAUAUGUAUUUAUGCAUUUUGGUACAACUGGCUGUCUGUCACGUGUGACAGAUGAAAAACUAUGCGAAUACUGUAUUAUUAUGUUGUUUUUACACAAACUAUUUUCAAGUGUACUUAAUGUUGCCUGUUUACUUUGCACUUUGCUGUUGCCACACCAGCAUGACACAUUCUGUGAGAGCUCCGACUUUACAUAGGAGAAGUUCAUCACACAGUAAGCACAUGAUCGGUACACUCGGGGCUAAAUGACAAUACCACUCAGACCACUCAGUAUGUCUGUGGCUACUUGGCAGUCUGACCUGUCUUUGACUGACAGUAAAUGUGUACUAGUUGUUGGUUUUUGUGCAGAGGUUUAUGAAUUCCCAGUUUUAUUGGAUGACCACAUUAUUGCAACAUCAAAUUAAGGAGGAAAAACUCCUGCUGUGGAUGCUCAGAUUCAGAGUUUUGGUUUCGGUAUUUGAAUCUGUCCUCUCCACAUUGUUGACUCAUGAAAAGUCCAACAUGGUGUUUCUGACUGACAUGAGUUACUGUAUACUGUUCACGUUCUCAGUCAUGCUAGCAGACACUCCAAUAUCAUCUCUGGUGCUGCUACAAAUGUAGAUUUUCAUACAGGCAAUGGGAAUUAUACUAAUUUUUAGUAGGAAUUAUACAAUAUGAACCGAAAGUAAAGCUGGAAUUCUGGAGGUUCAUUCAAUAGGGCUUCUGGCUGGUUUUUCACUUGUAACCUUAUAUCAUACAGUUUUAAUCUAGGCAGAAGUUUCUGGUACCAAGUAUGGAUCUUGUACCUAGUAAGAAAAAGAUAUUUUGUCAAGUGUGUAAGGUAAGAGUCAUGGAUCAUUAUAG